AUGCCACCUUACUCUGGAGUCCAGAAACAGCUGAUCAAUCAGUUUGUCAACUUUACAGACGCAAAGGAUACUGUAGCUGUCAAGUUCUUGAAAGCACAUAGAUGGAAUGCAGAGGAAGCUAUUGAUGCAUACUUUCAGAGCCCCCAAGGAAGUGGGGGAAGCACUUCAGCUCUCAAUAAAGUCUUCGAUUCGUAUCGAGAUGAACCCGAAGAGAACCCCGAUGGCAUCGGUAUCGAAGGUGCCAUGAAGUUCCUGGGAGACAUUCAAGUACAAUUAGACGAAGUGGCAUGCCUUGGGAUUGCGGAGCUCCUCAAGUCGCCAUCCAUGGGCGAGUUCACGAGAGAAGGCUUUGUCAAUGGCUGGAGAGGUGUCAGAUAUCUGACGAGAGAAUCCAGCUGUGACAAUCUGGACAAGAUGAUCAGCCACGCUGCGAACGUCCGGGCGCGGAUCCCCAUCGAGCCCGAUCUCUUCCGUCGCGUCUACCGGUACACAUUCCCCCUGUGCCGUAUGCAAGGCCAGCGCAAUCUCCAGUUCGACAUAGCCUCUGAGCAGUGGCGGCUAUUCUUCACGCCUCAGAACGGCGGUAUCCAGUGGAACACACCCACAACCCCCUGGUUAGACUGGCUGAUUGAGUUCCUGGAGGAGCGCGGCAAGCGACCCGUCAACAAGGAUUUGUGGGAGCAGGUCGAGGUGUUCAUGCGCAAGACGCUCGAGGAUGAGAACUUUGGUUGGUGGAGUGCCGAUGCUGCUUGGCCUGGAACCCUGGAUGAUUUUGUGGGAUGGGUGCAGGCCAAACGAGGCAAGGGUUCGGAGGAGAUGGAGGUCGAAUGA